AUGAAGCCAGUAAAGCAUCUGUCAGCCUAUGGUAAAAAAUUGGCAAAUGUUCCAGAAAUAAGUUACAAAAAAGGACUAUUUAAUUCACCAUUGUCACAUAAACCAAAGGAAAAACAUAGUGUAAAAGUAGUACGUGAUAAACUUGAACCAAUGAUCUUAAGAUCUCCACCAACAGGAGAGUCCGUUGUGAGGUUUGCUUUGCCCAUUCCAUCAAGUAAGACAAAGGAGUUAAUAGCAGAAGAUGAAUUGCUCAGGAAAAUUACCAAACAUCUGAAGACGGUUGCUGAUUCUUUGGAAGAAACCUAUGGCGUUAGUACUGAAAAUGUAGAAAAACCAGUUGCAAAGCCUGCACAGGAAGAAUUAUCUUUAUCUGUUGGGGAUGAUCUGAAUUCAUUCUUGGAUUGUUGUUCGCAAUUUGCAGCUCAAUUAGAAGAAGCAGUUCAAGAGGAACGUCAUAUUUUGGAAUCUCUUUUUCAGUGGUUUCAGCAGCAAGUCAAUCAGGUGGAAGAGAUAAGUAAAGAUCAAUAUUUUUCAGAAGUAGAGUUUCCAGCACCUGAUAAAACAGUCACUUUAAGCAUUGCACAAGUAGGAAAGCAUGCGCAAAAACUUGAAGAACUGAAAAAUCGUCUUAGAGAAGGAUCUGUAUUCUCCUGGAAAGCUCUGAUGUCUAGUUCCAGCAGGGAGAGUAGAGAGCUACCAGAAGCAAUGGAAGGUUGUAAAAAUGUACAGCAGAAAAUUGAAGAAUUCAUAAAAGCCCACAGAACUGAAGAAUUUAUAGAUGUUGUUGCACCUGAGCCACAAACUGCUUAUUCAGUAUCUAAUCAGUUGACUGCCAUGUUGAAAAUAUUUGAAAAACAGUCAAAUAUGUUACAGAGAGUUAGGAGUGAUCAAGUUUUGUUGGAGACUAAAUACAAACAGAUGCAAAAUGAUUACGAAGUGUUAUCAAAGGAGAAAUUGAUGCUGGAACAUGAACUACAAAAGCUGAAGAAUACAGAGAAAACAAAGUCAACACGUGAUCAAGCAAAGAAAACGAUGAAACUAGAGAAGAAACAUGCCAAAGAAAAAUCUGAGGAUUCAGAAGAGAAGAAGUCUGCAGUCAAAGAGUUUAAAAUAAAGGAAGAUUUCCUUAAAACCCAGAAAAAGCCUACAUAUGAUCGAACAAAGAAAACUAUGACAACAGCGAAGAAACAUGCCAAAGAAAAAUCUGAGGAUUCAGAAGAGAAGAAGCCUCUAGUCAAAGAGUUUAAAAUAAAGGAAGAUUUCCUUAAAGCCCAGGAAGCUGAAACAGCUAAGCUUCAACUAACGCAAUUCCUAAAACAAGGAGAGCUACUUGAAAGAGGGGAGAUGAUCCACACCACAGUGGAAAAGAGUAUUAGUAAAAUGGAAGUUGAAGGUGGAGAUUUGAAAUAUAUAUCAUUGGAGAAAGAAACAAGUAAAGCACAAGUUGCAGAUUCAAGUGGACAAGAUACAAAUGGUAAAAUCCAAGAAUAUCCACAGGAAGCUGAAACAGCUAAGCUUCAACUAACGCAAUUCCUAAAACAAGGAGAGCUACUUGAAAGAGGGGAGAUGAUCCACACCACAGUGGAAAGGAGUAUUAGUAAGCUAGACAUUAAAGGUGAAGAUUUGGAAUAUAUACCAUUGGAGAAAGAAACAAGUAAAGCACAAGUUGCAGAUUCAAGUGGACAAGAUACAAAUGGUAAAAUCCAAGAAUAUCCACAGAUCUCAGUUAUCGACAAUGGAAGCUCAGUUGAAAUCAGAUCCUAAUAGAAUUUCUGAAAUACUUUGGAAAAGUCUCCCAAACCUUCAGAGAGUGGAUGGGAACGAAGUAAGGAGAUCCCACCUGAGCAGA